GUGGCCUUGUGAGGCAAUGACUUGGCGCUUUUCCACCUCCACCCCAAUCAAGCCUCACUCCUCUGCUGGAACCACCCAACCCAGAGCAUUCCGUCACCUGCAUUGCACGCCACGUCACGCCAUGCCCGAGAUUCCACAGAUGUCCCAGGCAGGAAGCUCUGGGAAAGUUUACUCGGUGGUGCAGAACAUCAUGCCUUCAGAGGAGAUCAGCAGGACUGUCAAAUCCCCAACCCAAGACUGGACAUCGCGGGUGCCUGAUGGAGGGUGGGGAUGGCUGGUGGUGGGCGGCAGCUUCAUACUUGCGAUGGUGUUGCAUCUGUUGAGUCAAGGAUUCGGCAUGAUCUUUUCCCGCUACCUACUGCAGGAGGGCACCUCCUCCAGUCUCAACUUCUGGCUCUUCAACGCUCACUCAUGUCUAUGGCAUGUGAUGGGGCUGAUGGUGAGGCCGUUGGCACAGGAGUUUGGGUGGAGACAAGUGGCCAUAACUGGGGUGCUGCUGGCCUUCAUGGCCCUCUUGCUCUCCGCCUUCACGCCCUCGCCGGUGUUCCUCUUCUUCUCCUUCUCCCUGCUGUCAGGCACGGGCGGCGGCUUGGUGAUCAGCAUGACCUUCAUUAUCGUGCCAUCCUACUUCAACCGGAGGCGCGGCAUGGCCAACGCUGUGAUGAUGGCGGGCGUGUGCAUAGGGCAGAUGGUGGGCCCGCCCUUCCUGCGCUUCCUGCAAGACGAGUACGGCUUCCGGGGCGCAACGCUCAUCUUGUCUGGCAUCAUCCUCAACUGCUGCGUGGGCGCCGCCUUCUACCACCCAGUCGAGUGGCACUUGAAGCCGCCGCCUCAACCUGCAAGCCCACCUUGCACAGAGCCUGCAGCUAAGGAUUCCAGGCAAAGUGACUGUGGCGGCGAACAGGAUGAGCGGGUGAGUCUGGUGGAAUACAUGCCUGGUAGAGGUGAGGAUGGUACGCAGAGGGACAGAGAGGAAUCAACAAGUACGGAACAUAAACCAGAUGCAGUAGAUCUAGAGCCAGACAGUGAUGCGCCUCAGCAAGGCGUAAGCCGAAGGACGCUGGUGGGACGAGUGGCGCGCAACACCGUGGCAGACCUUGUCAUCCUUCGCUCACCGCGUGCCCUUAUCAUUGCCAUCGGCUCCACCUUCUUCAUCAUUGGCUUCUAUAACUUUAUUAUGAUGGUUCCUUUCGUCAUACAGAUCGCCGGUCACAGCCUUGCGGACGCCGCAAACUGCAUCUCUGCCUCAGCCUUUGCCAACCUGGUGAUGCGCAUACUGGGUUCAGUGCUCUCAGACUAUGCCUGGUUCAACAUGCGCCUCGCAUACAUGGCUGGCCUGGCUAUCACUGCCUUCUCCAUCAUGGUGUUCCCGCUGCUGGAGUCGGUGCCGAGCAUGAUGGUGGUCAUGAUAACUUGGGGCAUGGGCGUCGGCACCACCAUGAGCCUCUUCAACCUUAUCAUGGUGAAAUUCAUGGGGCUUGAAAACCUUCCGCCGAUGUUUGGGGGAACCUCGCUCAUUCUAGCUUCUGGCUUCCUUACCAUUGGUCCUCUUGUAGGUCUGGUGCGGGACACGAGUGGCAGCUACGCAGUCAGUAUGUGGGUCCUUUCUGGCUACGUCUACCUCGCCUUCUUCUUGUGGAUGUUCAUGCCAGCUGCCCAGGCGUACGACCGGCGCAAGAUGGAGGCCGAAGCGGUGGCGUUGUAAUCCAAAGACAGGAUAAACCUCGUGUGGGGCUCGCUGUAUGUCACAGCCUGCUGGGUGCUAAUGUAAGAAUGGCGGUGUUUUAUUUUGUUGGUUUAUAGUUUAUCGUUCAUAGGCGAAUUUUGAGUUUACCUUUAAAAUCUUCAGUUGCACCUGUGCAGUCAGUGGUCAGUGCGUGUCUUCAUAAGAUUAUUGGUUAUGAAAAUUGCAGGUUACGUCUUUAGCAAACUUCUUUUUGAGCAGCGGUUCCUCAGAUAUGACAGAAAUAUUAUGCAUAAAGCAAGGUGAUAUCACUACUAAAGGUUUGAGGUGCUGUGUCAUACCGUUCUUCACAAAUGAAAUUUGAACAAGCGUCUGACAAUGAUGCCCGUUUGUCAGUGUUUGUUUCAGACCGUGACUUAACUGGCAAAAAUAUAGUUUGAUAUCAUACGUGGUUAAUGAGAGCAAUUAUUGGAGUAAAUAGAUAUUCCAACCACUCAUCCUUUCGUGACGUGACGUGACGUUUAACUCCGACCUAACAGUAACUACCCAUUCAACCAGCAGUUCUGUCCUCUGCAACUGAAUCUCUGCCUAAGUAUGGCACUGCGAGGGGAGGAGUCAGAGAGAAACGGGUUGCUGUAUUGGAGUAGCGACACACACACACACACACACACACACACACACACACACACACACACACACACACACACACACACACACACACACACACACACACACACACACACACACACACACACACACACACACACACAUCAUUAUCUUUCAUCAUUUCCACGAUACAGUCAUAGCAUAUUUUUCUUUAUAAGAAUGCAUGUAUCUCUUCUUCAAAAAUUCAAAAUAACCAGUUUCGUGCCUCCUCCUCAUCUUACUAUCAGGCACACAACACCACACACCACACUACACCUGCAUAUUGCUCAACACCGCAGUUUUCAAUAAAACAUGUUGCUUCACUCGUAAGCAUUCGAAAACAUAGAGAUCAGCCUCGGCAUUCCUUUCCUUGUCCUCCACUCCACCACCACCGCCACCAUCACUACUUCUUUCUUGCCUAAUGUUACAGUAUUACUUAUCCGUUAUUCGUGUUCCUACAAUAGCUUAGAGAGAGAGAGAGAGAGAGAGAGAGAGAGAGAGAGAGAGAGACAAAUCUUUAGUUCAAGCCGGAUGAAGUAAGGCAGACAGAUUAGCAAGCACGCUGAUCCAAAGUGGUCAAAAUAAUAUUCCGACUGACCAAUUGCGUUUUUUAGACGAGCAUUUAUGGAUCAUAGAUUCCUGUAUAGUUUACUUAGGAAGAUGUUAAUUUUGUUUCUCUGUAAAUUUGAUAACAGGGUAUAUAUUUAGCUAUCGUUGAAGUGUGUGGGCAGAUAAGGCCGUUGUUGCAGAUGGGAGACGAGCUUUAGGUCAGAAGUCAUGAGUCUGCUUCCUGUGAUGUACCGAUUAUUCGAACCGACUCAGUGUCAUCAUUUGUCUUUAUUUCAUUCGAUGCUGUGUUGAAAGAGACGGAUAGUGUAAGGAGAGUGACUUGAUGCUUGUGUUUCCUGGGCUAUUUUCUCUGUAUCCUAGUUUUUUUUUUUCUGUUGGCUGUACAAUGAUUUUUUUUUAUUUCCUUGUGAUAUAUUUUUCCAGUGUUUUUCUCUGUAUCCUAGUUUAUUUUUUUCUUUUAGGUGUACAAUGUUUUUUUUAUUUCCUUGUGAUAUAUUUUUCCAGUGUGUUUCGAGUGUGUUCGUUUCGAUUCUCUAUUUACCGUCGCUUUCUCUUUCUGUUUACAUCGUCAGUUUUUCUUUGCCUUUUUAAAUUCAAUUCUUAUAUAUUUU